AUGUUCGAUCUGUCGGGAAAGAACUUUGUGGUGACUGGAGGAGGUCGAGGUAUCGGCUAUGCUAUCACCAGGGCGAUUGCUGAGAUGGGAGGUAACGUCUCGGUCCUCGACAUGCUAUCCAAACCUGUCGACGAUUUCGAACAACUUUCUAGCGAGUACGGCACCAAGUCGCUGUACAUCAAUGCAGACGUGACCAAGCAGAAUGACCUGGACAGCGCCUUCGAGCAGACGGCCACUGAGCUCGGCAGUAUCGACGGCUGUGUGACGGCUGCUGGAAUUGCCCUUGACAAGCCCUUCCUAGACCAGGGACCAGACGAGGUCAGGCGCUUGAUUGAUAUCAACCUCAACGGUACUUUCUUCACUUCUCAAACUGCAGCACGACACAUGAUUCAACAAGGGAAUGGUGGCAGUAUAGUCAUGAUCGCCUCCAUAUGUGCCUCAGUUGUCAUCCCUGGCCACAAGCUAAGCGCGUACCAUGCUAGCAAGGGUGCGGUAAAGACUCUGACGACUGCUUUGUCGGUCGAGCUUGCGCCCCACGGUAUCCGAACCAACUGCAUCAGUCCUGGUUACAUCGAGUCGGAUAUGACUCGGAAACUGAGAACGGAACAGCCGCACCUGGUGGAGAUAAUGCAGAAUGCGCCUCCGAUGAAGCGGAUUGGCAACCGGAAUGAUCUGACUGGGGCAAUGGUGUAUCUGCUCAGCGAUGCUUCAUCGUACACGACUGGGAUAGAUAUGAUGAUCACUGGCGGACUUCAUGCUGGAAGGAUAGAAUAUCCCAGUUGA